AUGCGCAUUGGUAGUAGUAGUAGUAGUAGUAGCGGUAGUAUUAAUGAUAUGAAUAACAGUAGUGAUACGAUAGCUAUUCAUACACUGUGGUUCGUUGCACAGCAUCUCAUAGAGAAUGCAAACAUUAUCGGUGCUAUUAGAUGUCUAUCAUCACUACUACCAGACUCUAAUGAUUUGUUUACUAGUAACAACAACAAUAGUAAUCAAAUACUCUUGUUGCAACAACAGCAACAUUUGAAAUCAACAACAACUGCUCCACCAUCAUUGGUGACUAAACCAUCACUCAAUCAUUUGGAAGAAUCGAUAACAAGAAUAAAGUUGGCUGAGCUACUGAUAGAACAUACUACCAACUUUCACGAGACGAGAUAUCAUUUGGAAAAGGCUGCAAUGGUACUUGAUGAAUCUAGUGUAGAAUCAAUCGAGUUGUUGUGCAAGAUUUCAUCCUAUUUGAUUGAUUUGUUCUAUCAAGCCAAUGUUUUAAAUCUAUCAAAACAAUGGAUUAAAAAAGGUAUCAAGUAUUCUUUAUUAGAAGCAAAUAUAUUUGUUAAAGAGAACCAACCAUCGUUGGCAUUUCAAUCGAUUGACAAUGCAAUCAAAGUACUACCUAUUAUGACCCAACAACCAAACAUGGUAACAUCUGGAUUCACCAGCAAUGAUCAAUACGAUCCAAUGACAUUGCUGUACUUUAAUGCCAUUAAAAUACAUUUCUCACUAUUGUAUUGGGAUUAUUCACGAAUCGAUUCAUCGUUACAAACUUCACUUGGUUUAUUUAAUGAUAUUAAUUAUCGUUUAAUUCAAUAUAAUAAUAGUAAAAGGAAUGGUAAUAAUAGUAACAAUACAAAUCAACAACAACAACAAAAAGAGAUAGAAUAUUUAUUUAAAUCUAUAUUUCAACAAAAUUCAACCAAUCUAUUUUCAUCAUUAUCGAAUCAAAGUUUAAAUAGAUAUGAUUUAUUAUUUAGAGAUGCUAUGAUUUCAAAAGAAAAGAUGACAAUAUAUUUUAAUUUAUUAUAUAUAUUAUAUUUAAUGAGAAUUGGAGAGUUUAAAGCAAUGGAAGAAAAAUUAUUAAAACUAAGAGAGAGUAUUGUACAACAUUCAAAUUGGAUAUCGAUGGACACGAGACCACCAAAUCCAAUCUUUUCAUUUACAGACGGCAGCCCUGAUUUCGAGGGAAAAUACCUCGAUUGUCUAUACUAUUUAUUCUUGUCAAUCUACCUACGAACCGUUGGACAAUACAAACAAUCGAUCAAUGAGCUGUCAACUUGUCUAUUUCUUUUAAAUGGACAAUUGGAAAGUUUGGUUGCAUCUGCCGACCAACAGUCACAGUUGGACAUUGGAAAAAAGAAAUCAUCAUCGAAAAAGGGUGGAGCAACCAAAACAAUCAUUCACAACUCUACAUCUAUCAAAUCAAUCCUCAGAAUGAUAUUUAUAUCCUAUGAAAAUAUAUUUUAUUCACAAAUAUCAAUCAUGGAUCUAGACUCUUCUUUGACAACAAUCAAACAAAUCCAAUUAUUAAUUUCAAACUAUCCAACACUCUAUGUCGAUAUUGGUGAAAAUACUCUCUAUACUCUUUCAAGUAUUUAUUUACAAUCAAUAUCUCAAUAUCAAUUAUCAAAUGAUUUUAUUCAUUUUGCUUUAACUAAAUCAAGUAGAUUUGAUACUCAAAUAUUAUCGAUUAUUAGAUUAGUAAUUUCAACAAUAUUAUUAAAUAAUUUUGAAAGGGUAAUUAUAAAUGAUGAGUCAGAACAAAUUAUAAAAGAAUAUUUGUUACCAUUAGAAACACAUCCUCAAUUAUUAUUUAGAACUAGUUUUUUAUUAUUGGACGCAAUAAUAUCUAUACACAAAUAUAAUACUAAAAUGGAUGGUAGUUUGAAUAGGAUCAAACAAGAAUUGCAAGAAUGUCUAAACACUCUAAACAAAAGUUUUAAUAAUAGUCAAAUGAUUAUUAAUGUACUUUGUACAUUGGCAUCUCUCUAUCUUCCAUUUAAAGAUAGAGUUGCAAAUAUUGAUGUCAGUGUACAAACUCUUUUAAAUACAUCUCUUUCACUUUGUACCAUUUCCGAAGAUUUAUUAUCUACCAUUGGAACAUUACAAUUAAAAUCAGCAAUGUCAACAACAAACCAAUAUUUAGACAGCAACAACAAUGGACAACCAAUCGAAAAUGUACAAGAAAUAUUUAAUCAACUAAAUUAUUAUAAUCAAAAGAGAUUUGAUCUUUUACAAAGAAAUCAACAAUCUGCAAUCGAAUAUUUUCAAUCAAUAUAUCCAUCACAGCAAAUGAAUAAAUAA